AUGGAAGCUCGACGGGACGCUCCGAAUCCGGACGCAGAACGGCGCCGACGUCCCAAAGUGAGCGCGGCGGGUCGCCUCCGAGCGUUCGCGAACGGCUCCCCGGUGCGCAUCCUCGCGGAUGAUCGCGACGGGAUCACCGUUCGGAUUCGCCCGUCGUUGCGGGCGAUCCGCGAUCCGGGUGUGGUCGACAACGAUCUAACGUUCACACACCGAACCUCCGCCGGCGGCGAGCGCUUGCGCGUCUUCCUGACGGGCGCGACGGGGUACAUCGGCGGGCGCCUGGGCCCGGAGCUCCUCGAGAAGGGCCACGAAAUCGUGUGCGCCGUCCGCGAGCCCCGGAAGCUCGACACGCGUCCCUGGUCGACGCACCCGCGCGUCAAAGUCGUGCGCGCGGACAUCGCCGACACGGAAGCGCUCGCAGACGCGAUGAAGGGCUGCGACGCGGCGUAUUACCUCGUGCACUCGAUGGAGUCGGGCACCGACGACUUCGCCGAGCGAGACCGUGAGCUGGCGGAAUCUUUUACGCGUGCCGCGAAGGCCGCGAGCGUCGGCCGCAUCAUCUACCUCGGCGGGCUCGGCGAGCUGGGCUCGGACCUGAGCGAGCACCUGCGCUCGCGUCGGGAGGUCGAGGAGAUCCUCGAGGGAUCCGGCAUCCCCGUCACAUCGUUCCGCGCCGCGAUCAUCAUCGGAUCGGGGUCGGCGUCGUUCGAGAUCCUUCGGUACCUCGUCGAGCGGCUCCCGAUCAUGACCACGCCGCGAUGGGUGAGCACGGAGUGCCAGCCGAUCAGCGUGGUUGAUGUGCUGCACUGGCUGGUCGAGUGCCUGGACACGCCUGAGAGCCUGGGGCAGCGGUACGACAUCGGCGGGCCGGAGGUGCUCUCGUACCGGAAGCUGAUGCAGGUGAUGGCGGAAGAACUCGGGCUGGCGAAGCGGAUCAUCAUCCCGCUGCCGGUGCUGACGCCGAAGCUGAGCUCGCUGUGGAUCGGGCUGGUGACGCCGGUGAGCCCGGCGAUCGCGCGUCCGCUCGCGGAGGGGCUCCGGAAUCGGGUCGUGGUGCGCGACGACGCCGUGCAAAGAGACAUGCCGCGGGAGACGAGCACGCCGUCGGAAGCGAUCGGGCGGGCGCUCGUGAAAAUCCGGACAAACUCCGUUCUGACGCGAUGGUCGGCCGCGGGGCGGUUGCCGGGCGACCCGGACUGGGCGGGCGGGACGCUGUUCGUUGAUCGGCGCGACAUCGAGAUCGACGCGGACGCGGAGGACGUGUACGCCGCGGUGUGCCGGGUUGGGGGCGGGAACGGCUGGUACGCGGCGGACAUCCUCUGGAAGAUCCGCGGGCUUCUGGACCAGGCGGUGGGCGGACCGGGUGUGCGCCGGGGCCGGCGCCACCCGGACGAUGUUGAGUACGGCGAGGCGUUGGAUUUCUGGCGCGUGACGGGUGUGGAGCCGGGGCGUUCGCUCGACCUGCGCGCCGAGAUGAAGCUCCCGGGGGUCGCGGGGUUGCAGUUCGAGAUCGAGCCGAUCGGCGAGGCGCGCUCGAAGCUGACGAUGACGGCGCGUUUCCGCCCGAAGGGUCUGUUCGGCUUGAUGUACUGGUACGCCGUGCUCCCGUUCCACAACAUCGUGUUCCGCGGGAUGCUGCGUGGGAUGAAGCGGAGCGCCGAACAUCUGCGGGGCGAGCGCCUGGCCGGGACAUGA